CUUCACAGACUUGAGUUGAUUGCUCGCAUUCGUUGGUGAUAGAAGAAUAGGAUGACUAAUUUUUAUGUUUACUGCAAAAAUUGAAGAAAAAUAUCGAAAUAUUAAAGUGUAAAAAAACCAAAACACAGUUAUUCGAUUGAAAAAAUAAUAUCGGUCGCGGUGUAAUUGUGAAGUGCUGCAAAAAUGAAGAAACAAUUCACGAAAAUAAAAAUUGCAGCUGAGAAUUUGGGGAGAUCCAAUAAAUCCGAUUGCAAGGAUUCCGAAUUGGAAAUAAUUGAAAAACAAGUUGACAAGUAUAAAGAUGUACUGGAGAAAAUGGUUCGUAAAUUGCCAGCAGCUAGUUCCUCAACCGACACCCAGGAGCGUGACAAACGUAUCAAAAAGAACAGUCACUACAAGAUUGGACAAGCGCUAGAGGAGUCAUCCAAGGAUCUUAAUAAAGAAAUGCCGUUACAUCAUGUCUUAUCUAAUUGUGGCGAACUUGAGAAGUCAAUUGCGGAAUGCAUUGUCGACAAUGAACUGGAGACCGAGACCGAAGUGGUGCGUCGUUUGAAGCAAAUUUUGGAUAAUGAAAUCCAAGAGAUCUCAUCACUCAAACGCAAUGUAUCACGUACAGUGCAGGAGUAUCAGUCACUAAAGCGCAGCUAUGAGGCCAGCAUUCGUCUCGACGAGGCACCGGCAAAAAUCAAUCACAUCAAAGACCAACAGGAACAAUGUGAAGUGAAGCUGGAGAAGGAGCGUGACUCGCUCGCCGCACUCAUGUUCGAGUUGAUCACCAAAGAGGACGUCAUCGUUCAAAGCAUACGCGACUACGUGCUAUACCAGCGUAACUACCAUGAGCGUGCGCUGCAAAAGGUGAACUCAUCGCUCGCCUCCAUACAAGAUAUUAUACAAUCGACAGCGAAAUCGCGUUUCGGCACCUCGCUAACCGAACACCUAGAGUCAACGAAUCGUGAGAUAUCCUACAUAUUGGAGCUCUGCAUUUGUUGUCUCAUCGAGAACGGACUCUAUGAGGAGGGUUUGCUGCGUGUGGGUUGUGCCAGCACAAAAUUGCGACGCAUGAAACAUGCGCUCGAGGCACAAUAUGUGAAGACACCAUUGCCGGUGGAGUAUCAGGAUCCGCAUGUGAUUGGUUCCAUACUCAAGUUAUAUUUGCGUGAAUUACCCGAACCGUUACUUACCUAUAAAUACUACAAAGACUUCAUGAGCGCAACGGAAUGUGGCAGUGAAGCGGAGCGUAAGGCCGCCAUUAAGGCGACACUGGCCAAAUUGCCGGCUGCGAAUUAUGCAAAUUUGCGCUAUCUGACGCGCUUCCUCUGGCUGGUCACACAGAAUGUCGAUCAGAACAAGAUGAGCUCGCAGAAUGUGGCGAUUGUUAUGUCGCCGAAUAUGUUGUGGCCGCGCAUGGAUAAAAGCAAUCCGGCCGACUACCUUGGGCAGGUGAACAGUUCUUCGGCUGUUAAUGUUAUUGUGGAACUGUUGAUUAGCCAGUGGGAUUACUUCUUCGAAGGAGAUGUAGACUUCUUUGUGACACUAUCUCGAAAUAAACUCUUUGUGGAAGGUAAAAGCAAAUCUGGCUCGUCCAAUGAAAAUUUGGAUCGGCAUGACACGGAUUCACUUGAGAGUCCACGUUACGGUACCAUACGUCGCCAAAAGGCUUGCGCCCCCUCACCGCCAAGCGCUGCCAAAGUAGUGGAGAAGAUCCACACCAAUCACGAGUCACAUCGAAAUGGCGUGAAAGAGCUCUUCCCGAAUGCAACGGCAGCUACAACAACUACCACAAUAACAAACGCCACAACAGCAGCUAAUAAUAACAACAAUUAUAAUAAUAACAAUAAUGGUAAUAACAGUAAUAGCACAGAGAAGCCAGAAAAGCCGCCAUUACCAAAGUUGCCACAGUUCCAACAGCCACUGGCACAGCAAAUGCCACCACCAGAGCCACCACAAUCAGCCAAACCGGUGCCCAUGACACGUACACAAUUCUUCGGUUUGGAUAACUUACCCUCACCGGUAGCGGAUCGCAAGAGCACCGAGAGCAUCGGAUCGCUGGUCUUCAAACCAGAUUUACCACAAAAACCAAAGAUACCCAAACGACCAAUGGUGUUAGGUCUAAGCGGCAGUGUCGGUGGCGGUGGUGGCAAAAGUGAUGAUGAGACAACGCCGACACAAGCACCAGCCAACGAAACUGGGAACGGCAGCAUUGGCGCUAACGGUGUUAACAGUGCAGGUGUCGGCAUUGUGUCACGCACGACUGAGAAGUUCAUCGAGAAACUACGCAGCGACAAUUGUGAUAACGUUGUAGCGACGGCAACGCGUGAAAAUCAACAAAAUCAACACAAUCAACGGCUAUUGAGUUCGGAGCAGAAUGCGAAUAUAAACAGCACUGCUGGCGUCGGCAGUCACAGCAAUAGCAACAGCAAUAGAAAUAGCAUUGCCAGUGUCUACAGUCUCGGUGGUGGUGGUGGUGGUGGUGGUCACUCACGUUCGAAUUCGAAUACGAAUGCCAAUAUUUUUGUGCCACCACAAUUACAACAACAAACGGAGACGACGAUAACUGCUGCCACGCCAUCGUCGACUGCGGCAUCGGCGUCAGUGUCGGCAACGUCAACAGUGAGCACGGCACAAGCGCAGACACAGACACCGGCGCCGAUAACACGCAACACACCCACAACACCCGUUUCGCCGCACAUGAUAUUGACGAAGCGGCCCACGGUGCCGGCGCCACCACCCCCUUCGGUGGUGAAAAAGCAAUCAGAUUAAGUGCGCACGUAACGGCGUUGUGUUGUAAGCAUUUGUAUUUGUUUGUAGCGCACACACGCACACUAACCACACACACUAAUAGAGAACUAAACUGUAAGAAUUGUAAGAAUUUGUAUUGUAAAUAGUGCGUUGCGUUUGCUUUGACGGUGCAAACAAUGUUGAAACUGUGUAACGGUGAAAUGUGUUCGAGUUCGAGUUCGAAACCAACAAACAGACCCUACGAGUAUUUUUCUAAUAAAAAUUGAAUUUUACAUUCAAGUAUGUAUUUUUUGGCUAUAAACUAUUUGCAGUAAAAAUAUUGCAAUAAAAAAUAUUGUAUUAUUUUAUGUCUACAGGUGCGAGGAAAAAUAUUGCAAGGCGUUAAAAAAUAUUUGUUUGUUUUUACUUUCUUAAAGUUGUGUAUUAUUUUGUAUUUUUUUUCUUUUAUUCUUAUACAUUUUUAUUUUUAACAAUUGAUUUACUGCUAUAAUAAUAAUAAAAUAUGCAUUUAAUUUAUUAUUUAAUACAAAAUAUUGUUUAACUUUAUAAUGCUAAUUGCAUGGUUAUCAGAAAUAUACGGUUUUUAUUAAGUUGUUUUUACAUAAAAAUUAAAAAAAAAAUAAUAUUGAGAAGUUCAUUAAAAACAUUAAAGAAAUAAAAUGUUUAAUUAAUAAAUAUUAUUAAAAUAUAAAUACCUAAAAUAUAAAAAAUCCUAUCCAAAAAAAACAAAAUAUUUUUAAGUCAAAAAUAAUGUAAAACAUUUUUAAAUCGGUUUUUUUUUUAUUUUAUAGUUUAUUGUUGAAUAUUCCUAUAUUUACCUUAAAAAAUAUAUUUUUAUAAAGUUCUGUAUUGUUU